UUAAUCUAGAUAGAACUUUGUCUUAUUUUUGAUAAAAAACAAUGUUACAAUCGAUAGAUAGAUGAUCGGAACUUUUUAGUUAGCCGUGGUAAUUUUGCGUAUAUGUAGGUAAUAGAUAAGAAGAUAAAAACCGAUACAUACAUAUUUGCGAUAGAUUAGUAGCUUACAGUCGAUACUGGAUCUGUCACCUAAAUAACAUGGAUUUUACUUCGUGGGUGACUUGUUUAUUUACUUAAUGCAUUAUUUACUUAAAGGAUUAACUACCGUAGAUAUUAUAUCUGUAGUUGACAUUAAUAUUGUAAAAUUAUCCAUCUCUUAAAAUACCUACGUAAAAUGACUUCUGCAGUACAAGGAAAGACUGUUUUCCACAAAUUCUGGUAUUUCUUGCGUAAAUAUGUGCUCACACUCAAGAGGUUUGAUUUGUGCCUGCAAGGUUCAUUGCUGGUGAUUAUAUUAUUGGAAAGUAAUGCUAUGUUACUGUUGCGACGAGAUGCCGGCACAGGAUAUAUACAGGCACGUGUUGAAGACUGGGUAAUAGUGGGUACAGCGAUUAUUGAGUAUAUUCUCGGAGGUGUCUUAGCCUGGUCAGGUAGAGGUCGAAGAAAUCUUGCGCUCGCGGGGUGUUUAGCAGUUACAGCAAUAUGUGGAUUGUUAGUACUAGCAUUUCCAUACAAAGAAGCUACACCACCUACUGUUGAACUCUGCGAUGGGAGUCCAAUUUCCGCGUACACAAAUCCACUUAGUGAAACAAAAGAUGACGCCAAACCAUAUAGGAUAACUGCGCUUAUUUUAACAGUCGUUAUGUCCUCUUUAAGUAUGAUCAGUGUAUGGGCUCACGGGCUGACAUAUCUAGAUGACCACGAACCACAUAACGGAACCUAUUUCUAUGGUAUUUUGAUAUCUAUCAGAUUAUCUUUGGGUUUGAGCGGUCCUAAUUGGCUGAGACCUGGAGCUGUGCGGGAUGAUUGGUGGGUAGCGCAUUUAGCGUUAUCGUUGCUCACCCUUAUCUUUGCAGUGCAGUUUACGCUUUUCCCGAAGAAGAUGCCGGAUUACAAAGAAAUAGAAACAACCGAAGAUAUAAGAUUUAUCCCUUCUCUGGUUCGUGUAAUGAAAAAUAAAGUCUUCAAUAUACAAGUAGGAGCAUUGGCUUGUCUCAACGCGGGUCUCUUUGGCUUCAUUUAUUACGAUAGAGCCUACGUUCAGGCUCGUUUCCAUAUCGAGAGUGUAUAUAAUGAUCUACGGACAUCACGAGCAAUCAGUGAUCUUUUCCGAGCUUUAGUCGUAAUCUUCUUUGUUAUGAUUUUCAGGGUCCGUUUCUCCGACCGCCGCAGAGAUGGCGUGAAAGCAAAUACAGCUGCGAGAGUGGGUGGCGUGGUUGCUAUAUUCGUUGCUAUAUUCUUCAGUGUAAUAGCUGGACUGCAGUGUCCAAUCGAUGAUAUUGCUGACAUGAAUGAUGGGAAAUGGCAACAGCCGCAAUGCAGCCGAGAUUGCGGGUGCGAUUCGACAAAUUACGGCUUCACGCCAGUUUGUGUUUUAGAUACUGGUACAACUUACUUUUCACCAUGCAAUGCUGGUUGUCAUGGCUAUGAAGACAUUAACGGAUUCUUGCUCUUCCAGAACUGUACCUGUGGAGCUGAGCGAGUUGUCCGUGGUAGUUGCAGUCUGCUGUCUUGUCGGAGUAUAUUUUCAAUAUAUCAACUAAUUUAUACCGUAACGGUAGCUGUCGGUGCGGCGGCAAUAUUAAUGCAAGGCAUGGUGAUACUUCGAGCAGUACCUCAAUGGGAUAAACCAAUAGCAAUAGGUGUAGCACUUGCAAUGGUAUCAGUGCUUGCGAACGUCUUGGGCCACUUCAUUUACAUGCUCAUUAGCCAUUUUACUUGCGCAUAUCUGGGAAAAGACGGAGCGUGUUUAUUCCAUCACCCUACUCUAUGGUGGGCAGCAGUAGCUAGUGCAAUUUUAGCUGUUUGCUCGGCUAUUUUAAGUUUGAUAUCUAGCAGAGUAGAGCAAUCUUCUGGAACAGGAGUUACAACUCUCGAGGAGAACAUCAGUAUGGAAGAAUAAAAAAAUGUGUCUUAAAAAUAAUUAUAAUUAUUUAUAUUUUAAUUAUAUUCGCUGUAAAUAUUAAACACUGAACAAGAACA